UAUGAAUUGGAGAAACAUGAAGUGGAUUGGAUAACAAAGAGAUUGUCAUUGAGGACUAUUGGACCAACCAUACCAUCCAUGUAUGUGGACAAGAGAGUUGAGAAUGAUAAUUCAUAUGGUCUAAGUAUGUACACGCCUAAAACUGAUGUUUGCAUGAAAUGGCUAAGUGAUUGUGAUGAUGGAUCAGUUGUGUAUGUCUCAUUUGGAAGUAUGGCUGAAUUGAAAGAUGAGCAAAUGAAGGAGAUAGCUUGUGGAUUGAAGAAAAGCAAUCACAACUUCUUGUGGGUAGUUAGAGAAUCAGAAGAGCCUAAAAUUCCAAAAGAUUUUUUAGAGAACAUCACAAAGGAAAAGGGUCUAGUUGUAACUUGGUGUCCACAAUUAGAUGUGUUAGCACACAAAGCAAUUGGUUGUUUUAUGACACAUUGUGGAUGGAAUUCUACUUUAGAGGCCUUGAGUUUGGGAGUUCCAAUGGUGGCAAUUCCAAUAUGGACUGAUCAAUGUACAAAUGCUAAGUAUGUGAUGGAUAUUUGGGAGAUGGGAAUAAAGGCACAAGCUAAUGAAAAGGGUGUUGUUAAACAAGAAGUUGUGGAACAUUGCAUAAAAGAAGUUAUGGAAGGAGAAAGAGGCAAAGAGAUUAGAAAGAAUGCAACCAAAUGGAGAGAAGUGACAAAAAAGGCAAUGGAUGAAGGUGGAAGUUCAGAUAGAAACAUUAAUGAGUUUAUUGCUAAAUUAGUUAAUGUGUCUUAAAGCUUUAGUGUGUAUUCAAUAACUAUAUGUUCUUCAAGCUAG